AUGGUCGAGGGAGUGGACAGGGGCCCCCGACGCUACGGCUACCCCUGGACGCCCUACUCCACGCUCGCGGACUACAGCAGCAGCAGCAGCAGCAGAUACGGGGCCCGCGGGGGCUUUUCCUUUUGGGAUUCGGGGCCCCUUAAUUGGUGGGGAGAGUUGGGGGGCCCCCCAGCAGCAAACUCGCUGCGCAGCAGCGAGUUUGCUGCAGCAGCAGGGUCGCCUGUGGGGCCCCCGCGGGGCGCGCGUGCUGCGCUGCAGUACCGGCUGCGGCCGCUGGGCAGCAGCAGCAGCAGCAGCAGCAGCAGGGCCUCCUCCGUGGGGCUGCUGCGCAUCUUCGUUGCUGCUGCUGCAGUCUCGCUGCUGGUCAUGUUGGGCUGGAGGGCCCUCGAGCGCCUGGGGGCCCCCCAGGGGCCCUCCUUUCUGCUGGACCGCCAGGGACUGCAGCAGCUGCAGGACAACUUGGAAGACGCAGCAGCAGCACUCGAAGCAGACUGGGAGGCCUCUUCUGCUGCAGUCCGCGCUGCUUUCGUCAAGCUCUACAUGCCCCCUUUCCCUCAACAGGGGCCCCCCGGGGGGCCCCCCGGGGGGGCCCCCGGGGGGG